GAUCCAGUCCUCCUUCUUGCCUUCUCUUCCACGGGUAAGCUCGUGGAAGCAGUUGUCAUGGAGACGGAGGUCGGGCCGGCGUCGGCUCGCUGUGCUGUUGCCAUGGAGAUCUUUUCUGAAACCGAGGAGCCAGAGUCUCUGCAGCAGCAAGUAGUUCAGCACCACGGAGAGCGGCGACUGGCUAGAGCAGAGAUCCACAAAGGAAGUUAUUACAUUUUGAUCGUCAUCGGAGAUCUCGACUCUGAUGAACAACUAGAAGCCACCAGGAAGCAAAUAGAGCUGGGACUUCGAUCUUGGGAUAUUGACCUUUCUGUUUGUGACUUGAACCAGCAACUACAUCUGUUUGUGACUCGCCACUCUGCACAGUUUUCGUCUGAGGUCAAAGGACAAAGGAUUCUUCAUCACAAAAGUGAUGUCCUAGAAACAGUGGUAUUGGUAAACCCAUCAGAAGCCACGGUAGUCUUAGAGAUCCGCUCACUGAUCACUGAUCCUGCCAGACACAAACUUAUAGUUUUUAGUGGCCAAAGCUCUGACCAGGGAGGGGACCUUAUACUGCAAAGUGGGAUCUUCACCUUCAUUAAAUUCUUGGAGGUCUUUUCUGACAUUGAGGUAGGAGCACUCCUCCCUGCUGACGACAAGAACCGUGCUUGUUUAACAGUUUCCUGUCAAGGAGAAGGAGACUGGAGCUCCCUUGGACAGCAGCACAAGCACUUUCGGGAAUUUCUGGAUUUCCGAUUAAACUCUGACCCUGUGCUGCCUGUGAUGGAGGGUGUCUCAGAAUUCACAGAAUACAUCUCAGAGACUGUUGAUGUGCCCUCACCUUUUGACCUUCUGGAGCCUCCUACUUCAGGUGGUUUCCUGAAGCUAUCUAAACCUUGCUGCUAUAUCUUCCCUGGAGGGAGGGGAGACUCUGCUUUGUUUGCAGUUAAUGGUUUCAACAUUCUGGUGGAUGGAGGCUCAGAAAGGAAGUCUUGUUUUUGGAAACUGGUUCGCCACCUGGAUCGGAUUGAUUCUAUCCUCCUUACCCAUAUAGGAGCAGACAACCUACCUGGAAUUAAUGGACUACUGCAGAGAAAGGUUGCUGAGCAAGAUGAGGAGCAGUCUCAGGGCUCCACCACCUACAGUGACUGGAUGAAAAAUCUUAUAUCACCUGAGCUAGGGGUGGUGUUUUUCAAUGUCCCUGAGAAGCUACGAAUGCCAGAAUCUACUCUGAAAGUAAAGAAAAGCAUUGAAGAAGCUUCUCUUACUCUUCAGUAUCUUAGCAGACUAGGAAUAAAAUAUGAGCCUCUUUACAGGGUUGUCAGCAAUACCAUUGAGCCCCUCACUCUGUUUCACAAGAUGGGAGUAGGCAGACUUGAUAUGUAUGUUUUAAACCCUGUUAAGGAUAGCAAAGAGAUGCAGUUCCUAAUGCAGAAAUGGGCAGGUAACAGUAAAGCCAAAACUGGUAUCGUUUUACCAAAUGGAAAAGAAGGGGAAAUUUCUGUCCCUUAUCUGACAUCCGUCACAGCAUUGAUUGUGUGGCUCCCAGCUUGCCCCACAGAAAAGAUUAUUCGUGUGUUGUUUCCAGGAAAUGCUCCACAAAAUAAAAUUUUGGAAGGACUGGAGAAAUUGAAGCAUUUAGAUUUCCUGAGAUAUCCAGUGGCUACUCAGAAGGACAUUUCUUCAGGUGUACCACCUCCUGUUCUAAAACAGACCAAAAUAAAACAAAGGGCAGACAGCAAGGAAAGUUUAAAAUCUUCACCAAAACCACAACCUACAUUAAAGGUAACCAAGAAAGAGGUGGAUGUUCAAGAGGAGAUAACAAGUCUUGAAUCAAAGGAUGAGCCCCAAAAAGAAAACAAAUUGGAGAAAAAGGAAGAGAAGAAAAUUAAAGAUACUGAUAAAUCUGUCACAAAGACAACCAAGGUCAAAACUGAAGCGGUUGAUACUUUUAGACAAGAAAAGAAGAAACUAUCAAAGGAAACGUUGAUCAAGAAACAUACCAAGGACAGGGUAUAUAAGAUGGGAGAAAAGAAAGACAAAGAGAAGAAGGAGAUCAAAAAGGAAAAACGGGAUCUAAAGAAAGAGGAUACUGCCAAAAAAGAAGAUAAAAAAGAGUCAAAACUUAAAGAAGAGAAAAAGAAAGAAACUUCCAAGCCAGAACUGAAAAAAAUAACAAAACCAGAUUUAAAACCAUUUACCCCUGAGGUAAGGAAAACUUUGCACAAAGCAAAAGUACCUGGCAAGCCUAAAACAGAUAAAAACAAGCUCAAACUCUCCAAGGAUCAGGUGGUUGAGCAAAAACCUAAUAUGCCAAUUGCUCUUGAAUCUGAUGUAAUAUUACAUGAAUCUGACACAAGGGAACAAUUGAAUGUGGAGGACCGAUCUAUUGUAUCCUCCCCAGAAGACCUUACUAAAGAUUUUGAAGAGUUAAAGCAGGAAGAGGUGUUGAAAUCAGAAUUUGAAACAGAAACAUUAGGAAAUAUUCUUAAAGUAAAUGGCUGUGCUACAGAAGACUCCCAGAUCCUUAGCCCUCCUCAUGAAGAAGAAGACACAAAGGAAGUAAUUGUUUCCCAAAGCAUGAGUGAUUCAAAGUUUCCACCUCUUGAGUCUCCAGAUGAAGGGAUUACUACUACAGAUGGAGAAAAUGAAUCCCCUCAUGAAGAGAGUCAUAUAUCACGGACCAAAGACACCUAUGUUCCUGUUGCAGUAGUGGAAAAGUUUGAAGAUGAAGGAGCAGAAAUGGAAGGGGAAGAUGAGGAUGAAGAAGAAGAAGAAGAAGGAGAAGAAAGAGACAAUAUAGUAGCAGAGGAGACAGAAGAAGAUGAAGACAUGGGGAUGGGAGAAGAGGAGGAAGGAGAAAAAGAAAUGGUUUAUAGCAAAUAUGAGGAAGAAGAUGAGGUUCAGAAAUAUAUGGAAAAAACUGCAAAGAUAGAAAAAAGAGAAAUUGAACAGGAAGAUGAAGAAGAUGAAGGGGAAAUUGUUGAAAAAGCUGAAUUAGAAGAGGCAGAGGAAGUUAUUGACAUAAGUGAAGAUCAAACUAAGGUUAAAGUUGAAGAAUUAGAAAAAGAAAAGGUCCAGGAAUGUAAAAAUGUGGAAGGGAAAUUUAUUACUAAAGAAUAUGAAGAUGAUGAUGCACACUUAUCUAAUAUUGCGGGACCAACAACUGCUAUCAGUGCAACUGUUCGUGGAGCUACAGCUGCUGAACAGAUAUCUUAUAUCCAGGAUGAAACAAUCCCAGGUUAUUCUGAAACUGAACAAACUAUUUCUGACGAAGAAAUACAUGAAGAGACAGAAGACAGGAUACCACAUCUUCGUUAUGAGGUUAGUUCAUAUGACAUCUCUGUGCCAGAUGUGGCUGGCUCUUUUGACAGCAUACAUGGAAUGAGAGAGAUGAAAGCUGCAGCUUUGUUGGAAGAAACUGAUUUAGCCAGUAAGGGCUAUAUGGUUGUGCAGGAUCCAACCUUAGCUAUUUAUUCUACUAAUAUCAUUGCUGCCCCCUUGGCAGAAGAGGAGCAUAUAUCAUCUGCAACUUCAAUUACUGAAUGUGACAAACUGUCUUCUUUUGCUACCUCAGUAGCGGAAGACCAGUCCAUGGCAUCAGUGACAGCUCCACAAACUGAAGAAACUGGGAAGAGUUCUUUAUUGUUAGACACUGUCAACAGCAUUCCAUCUUCCUCCCAUACAGAAGCCACACAGGGAAGAGAUUACUUACCUUCAGCUGGAACUAUUUCUCCUACAUCAUCACUAGAAGAAGACAAGUGCUUUAAAUCUCCUCCGUCUGAGGAGUUUCAGCCUAUAGCUGCAGAAGGAGAUGCAGCAGGGAGGACAAUGCAAGUCCAUGAAGAAGAGGAUGAAGAGGAAGAGGAUGAAUAUGAGGAUCAAACACCCAAUGUUGAAAUGCCUAUUAGAAAAAUCCAGGAGGGUUACAGUUCACCACUGCUGCUGAAAGAAAAAGAAACUGAUUUUGACAAAUGCAUUGAUAUAUCAGUUCAACCCACUGCAACGAACAAUUUAGGUCAGUCAUUGAAUGACCCUCUGAAAAUGGAGGGCAAGGAUUCUUCAGUCUAUAUAGAGGACACUAUUCCUAUAGAAUCCUCUAAAACAUUUUCUCCUACUCUCAGUCAUCAUGAAAUGUUAGAUUCGGGCUCUUUUAUUGAAGGUGAAGAAAGAUGCCUUAGCCCAGAUGAGAGCACAAUCAAAAUGGCAUCUCCAACACAGUCUGGUCCAACUAGUGCAGGGCACACACCUUUCCAUCAAUCCCCAGUUGAUGAAAAAAAUGAGACCAUCAUUGGAGAAGAAAAUAUUAUUGAAAAAGAUAUUAAUACAAAUGAAACUAUUAAAGAUGACAAGGAAGGAGUUAAAGAUUAUCCUGUGUCUGAGUUUCUUAGAGAUAGUUUUUCAGACUCAAUGACUUCUGUAUUGGAGGACUCAACCAUGAUGCAUCCUUUUACACAUGCGGAUAAAGACGUGCCUGUCUCUUCAGAACCGGGGAAAGAGAUCAUAAAGCCUGAUCUUUCAGAUGUUGUUGAAUUUCACUCUUCCAUGGAAAUUGUUCAUGCAGUAUCACCAUUAGAAAAAGAUGGGAAUGUCAAGGUGUGUGAAUUGACUAAAGAAAAGGCUCUAUUCCAUGGAAUAGAAAAAAUGCAAUUUGAGGAACAGGAUGAAGAAUUUGAAAUGAACAAAAAAAAGGAAAUAGAAGAAAAGGAGAGUCAGUUUCUGGAUGAAGAAUACACAUGUGAAACUAGAUCACUAAAGGAUGAAAAGCUGCAGCAACUAGAGGCAUCUAUAACUGCAAAGUCAUUGUCAGGUAAAGAAUAUGUAAAGGGUGUGGAAACUCCUUACCUUCAAACCGACGCUACGUUUGAGAAACAGUUGGUAGAACCCACCAUAGGUCAAGAAAGUAAUUCUAAAGGUAUAUAUUCUGAUGAAGAGGAGAUUGAAAAUGAUGAGGAAGAAGAUGCUAAAUGUUCUGGGGAUGCAGGGUCUAGGCCAUUAUCUCUAGAAACUGGAAAAAUUGACUUUUCUGCUAGUAAGACUCACUUAUUUCCAGCUUCUAAUAAGCUUGAUCAUUGCCAGUUUCCAUUAGUGGAACAUGAUUUAUCUUAUGCUAAAUAUGAAGGUGAUUUUUCAUUACCUGACUUACAGAAUUCAAAUGUUUCAAAAGAAGAAAUGACAGUUAAUUUACAGAGAGAAGGUCUUCCUGAUUCUUUCAAAGUGCCCGAGACUAGUGAGUUACCAGAGUCUGAAAAGAAUUACACACAUACAGUGAGUCCUUCCAAAGUAACCUCAAUAACCUAUGAUUUAGAAAAAACAAUUUCAGAGACUGAAUAUUUUAUGGAAGAAUCUGGAGCUUUUUCAAAGAAAGAAAAGGAAACACCACGAGAGGUGGCCUCUCCUGGUAGCUCCUCCACCUUUUCUUCUUUCAUUUUUGAGAGAGAAGAUAUAGUGCAGAUUGCCAAAGAUACAGCUAAUACUGCUGAAGAUACAACUUUACAUUCUGUUGAGAAGGAUGUCAAAGCCAACAUGCCCAAGGAAGUGGAUGAAUGUCUACAUGAGAUUAAGCCAGAAAAUGAGAAAGCAGUUAUUUUUCUUGAUGAGAAUAUUGCAGUUCAAAACAUAGAUAAAAACAAAGAUAUUUCUGCAAUAUAUUGUUUGGAAGAAAAGUUUUCAACUAAGGAAGAGAUGUCUACUUCCAAGCACGAAGCAGAAGUAUCAUUUAAUCGUGUUGAUUAUCUUCCUGUUACUUAUUCAGAAUCUGAAAAAGGUUCACAUUUUGGACUCUAUAGCUUGGAACAAAAGAGUUACACAGAACAGCUAAAAGAAGAGCGUGAAAAGGGUCAAGAGGAAGAGGAGGAGAGGGAGGAAAGAGAACCAACCCCUUUUCCAGAUGACAAGAGCUUUACAUAUACCGAAAUCUAUGAUAACAAAAGCAUACAAAAGGAUAUGUUUUCUUCUAGUUCCACCUAUCGGCAAGAAAAGCAACCAAUUCACUAUAUGGAAAAGGAAGAGGUGCAGACAGGCGCAGGUGCAGAGAGGCCUGUUGAACCUGAAAGAAAAUAUAUUAGUUCAGAAAUUCCAGUUUUAACUGGCUUUAGGCAGGACUUCCCUUUAAAAAAAGAAGAUGAUUCACAUCUGAACCCAACUGAAAAAGAAACAUCUUUAGUGGAAUGGGGAGUAGAGGCUAAGAGUUCCAAAAGCAUUAUAUCAACAAAACAUCUACUAGAGAAAGAGGCCACAGAAGAAGAUAAAGAAAUGAAAAAUGAAAAAGAAUUUGCAGAGAAAUCUAUGGAGAAGCACAAAGAACUAGAAAAUGACAAGCCAUUAUCAUCCCAGUCUCCACCCUGCCACUUAUCUUCAGAAGAGAAGCCUCCAGUUUCUCAUCAAGCCUUCUCAGAAAAAGAUAGUCAGGGAUGGGCUGUAUCUUACACUGAAUCUUCAGUGCAACACAUUGAUGGCAACAUUCUUGUCUCUGCCACAGACUAUUCCAUAAAGGCUGACUGUAGUAUUAGCGAAAGUUAUUUCGUAAAAGGAUCUGUUCUAGAACAAGAGGAAAUCAGGGGUAUGGAUGAAGAAGAGGAGGAGGGAGAGCAACCAAGAGAAUCUGAAGAAAGUGCAAGUGAUUCUGAUCUAGAGAAAGGUGCCAAGGAGAAAUCAGAGAAAGAAUGUAAAGUUACUGAUGCCCCAGUUCAAUAUAUGCAUGAGAUCUCCUCAGCAGAAUAUGUGGAUGCCAGAUAUUCAGAAACAAUAAUGGAAGACAAUCACCCGACAGAUUAUAGAUUUGGAAUGCAGGAACAGCCAACAUCAGCAUCAUCAUGCUUUGAACACUUUAGUAGCAGUAGUAGUACAAAGGAUGAAGUCAUAGACAAUUUACAAAAAUCAGAAUUUAGCCCUAGCAGCACAGCAUCUUUUCACCCAGACAGUUACACAUACAUCUGUCAGAGUAACGUAAAAGAGCUUUCGACUGGCAUUGAUAAUUCAUACAGUGAUAAUGAGGAUAAUGCUGGUGGUGAAAAAUGUCAACCAAGAAUAUCUUAUGAAAAACCGAAAACUAAAACAACAGAUCUAGAAGGUUUUUCACAUAGUAAAUUGAGUGAAGAUCAUUAUUUUGAUAACAAAAAGAAUGAGACAGAGAAACAGGAAACAGGGAAUAUUCCAAGCAAAAACAAGAAUGAUUUGUUUUCAUCCUCUGACCUUGAUUACAAUUCAUCUUCAGCCGCUUUUUCUUCCACUUCUGCAUAUGAUUUUAUGUCAUCGGCAUCUAUCACUCAGUCAUCUUAUCAACCAUUUGGUGAAGAGUUUGAAGUUCCACCUACCACUUCCUCUGAAGUCUUAAAAUCAGAUACUGACAGUGCUUGUUUUGAAUAUUCCUCCUUCACAGAAGAAAACCUUAUUGUUAAGGAGAAACCUAUUUCUAGUACAGAUGCCUUAUUAAAAGAUGAGUAUUUAGAAGUUUCCAAGGAGGUAGCUUCUACAAAAUCUUUCUCUGACCCAAGUCCUUUUGAAGAGCUUAAACAUUUCCCUUCAUCUUUUACUGCAUCUGAUGACUCUGUCAUGAAAUGUGAGGGAACUUUACAAGCAACAGCAUUACAAAAAGAGCAUCACCAGAAAAGUUCUGACUGGAGUGAAAAAUCUGACUUGUGUUCUGAAUCACAGAACAUUCCGUCUUAUUCUGUCCAUUCAGAGUCUUCUUUUAAAGAAGAUCAAACACGAAGUCUUUUUGAUGUUUCACCUUUGUUGCCUGCCGAUUCCAGAAUGAAAUGUUUUUAUGAGGAGUCUGAUAAUGCUGAGGAAGAGACAUAUCUAUAUGAGACUGAAGACAACACCUUGCCUUGUAGAGUUGAAUGCCAAAGAUUACCACCAACUGCGCCAGUAGAACAGAAUGUUCUUGAACAUGAGGAAACACAGGGGUUUUAUGGAAUUUCUUCCCCUUGCUUAAGCUCUGAUACAUCCAGUCACCUUCCAGAUGUGCUGUCCUCAUUUCCGCAACCAUCUCUGCAAGCCUCUCAGGCAAAUGGGCCAACAGAAAUAAGCAUGAGUCCACCAGUAGUGCCCUUUGGAGCUCCAGAAGUGUUAAGCAUUGAAUCACCUUCCCAUAUUCAUGUAAAACCUGAAAAUAAAUUAGAAGAUGAAAAGAAAAAAGAGAAAAGCAGUGCCUCUGUGUGCAUUGUAGAGCACGGGAAAAAGGUAAUACCUCCAGCUUCACCUUUUCAUUCUAGUGAAGUACAGUGUAAGGAAGACAAGGAAAGGACAAGUGAAAGGAUGACUCGUCCAGUUUCACUUUCUUCUGCUGAACAUAGUUUCUCCUCAUUAUGUUAUAGUGAGACAUCAGAUAGACCCAGAGAGGAUUCUGAAGAGCCACCUGAUAUAUGCAUGGGUGCCACAUCAUCCUUCUCUCCUUCAUCCAUAGGUUUUUCCUCUUGUGAGUACAAGCACAGAAAAGGAGAGCUUUCACCAUCUUUCAUUAAUCCCAGCCCUCACAGGUUGUCUAGUGAGGAGGAUGAUGAGGAUGAAGGAAGUGAACAGUCCCAAGAAGGAGAUGAUCAUAAACAACUUUCUUCUUCAAAAAGGCAUUUACAUCAGCACCAUUAUCAUGGUCAUCCUCAUGGUCACCAUGGAGAUAAUGAUAGCCAACAUCUUCCAGGUGCCAUGGCUGCAGGUCUGGCAACAGCUGGGGAAGAUACUCCACCUACCUCUGUUAGUGAGUCACUUCCGUCCCAAUCAGAUUCUGAUGUCCCUCCAGAAACAGAGGAGUGCCCUUCCAUCACUGCAGAUGCAAACAUGGAUUCUGAUGAGGAUGCAGAGUUUUUGCCUGUCGACAAGUCUGCAGCUAUUGGAGGGAGCAAUCACCACACAUCUGUAUCCAGGUCAGAAAGAGGGCAUGAUCCUCCACCUGCCCCUUUAAUGGAUCCCUUUCCACAUCCUCCACACCCUGAUGUUUGCAUGAUCGACCCAGAGGUAUUGCUAAAUGAUCAUAAUUUAGUGAAUCGCAGUGAUAGAAUGCUAAAAAAAGACAUGAAAAACAAUAAAGGUUUGAGAAAACCACUUAACAAAUCGAAAUCUGCUUCUCCUGGUCGGAAGACAGAUACUAGAGGAAAAAGGUCGCCCACUCCUGCCAAGCAGCCACAAUCUGCUAAAGACUCAAUUGAAAAAUCACCGAGGACAACUUCAGCUCGAAAAAAGGAUGGUGAGAAGACCUCUAAGUCAUUGCAUAUGUCUGACAUGCAAGGUUCCCGAGGUGAAGACAAGGAUGAGGUGACCAGAUCAAGUCCAGGACAUAAACUGGGGAGUGGUCUAGUCAAUGGUAUUAAAAAUAACACAGUUUCCAGUUCUCAGAAGUCUGCAUCAGGUGUUCCUCCAGGUCCCCCAAUAUAUGUUGACCUGGCCUAUAUACCUAAUCAUUGCAGUGCCAAGAAUGUAGACCAAGAAUUCUUUAAACGGGUUCGUGCAGCUUACUAUGUAGUAAGCGGCAAUGAUUCCAGCAGUGGGGAACCUAGUCGAAGUGUCCUGGAUGCUUUGCUCGAGGGAAAGUCUCAGUGGGGCAACAAUUUGCAGGUUACUUUAAUACCAACACAUGACACAGAAGUUACUAGAGAAUGGUAUCAACAAACUCAUGAGAAACAACAAGAAUUAAACAUUAUGGUUCUAGCCAGCAGCAGCACGGUGGUCAUGCAGGAUGAAUCCUUCCCUGCCUGCAAGAUUGAGUUUUGAGUCUCAUGGAUUCUUCUUUUCACCCUAUCUCCUCUCUCUCUUUCUGUCUCUCUCAAUCCCUCUCUCCUCUGCCUCAACCUUUCACAUCCCAGUUGACUUUGUAUUUGGACCAGCCUCUAAAGUAUAUCAUUCCUCAAAAACUCACACGGAUAGAUUUCCAAAAGAACUAGCCAAAUAAUGUACUUGAUUUGAGAAUCCUAAAAUUCAGACGAGAUGAAGUGAAUGCCAAUUGUCUCCAGAUCUAUGUUUAUCACACAGACUUUGAAAAGCUUCCAAAGAAGUCAGAGCAUCCCAGAACAAAACAGUCUCUACACAUCUCUGUUUAGCCAUCUGUCCACACUGUGUGUGAUGGUUAACACAGAAGCAAUUAAACAAAUUUGUUACGCUGCUGUAGUAAUAGUCUUUAAUUGUCUGUGGUUUACUAAAGGAGUACUGAAAAAGCCGUCUAUUAGGACUACCAGUAAUCAAGCUGUCUUCUUUGUAUGAUUUGCAAGAGCUUCGUUUUUUUUCUUAUAAUGAAACAAUAAGUGAACUUACAUCCAGGUUUCGUAUAUUUGUAUCCUGUGUCAUGGAGCCUUUUAGGCUUGCUCUGAUAUACUCUUAACUAGAGGAGUUCCUCUGUCUAGGAAAAUGUACCUAGAUUACAUGUUUUAGAUUUCAGAACCGGAGUACUUUGGCUAUUGUAAUUCAUAAUUCAAAAAGUUAAAAAAUAGAGGAUUAGUAAUUAAAAGCACAAGUAAUGCAGGAUUGACUUAGCAGUACAGCACUUGAAGGGCUGGGUGUUCAUAUCACUAUCACUGCCAGAAAAAGAGGCAGUAAUACCUUCAACUAUCAAGUACGGUAAAGUCAUUUGAAUUUAGAAAUUAUUGGUGUACUCCAAGUGGCUGUUUAAAAACAGUGUCAUCUCCAAGCUACACGUUGAAAGCACAUGACCUCAUCUUAUUACUGAGUUUUUAAUCUACAUUCCAUUUUGAACUGAAAAUUGUUGCAGAAUCAGGCAUUUCCAGCCAGACUGGGAAAGCAACUGACUUUACUGUUUUGUUUUUGCUUUUCCCAGCGCUCAGAGGUGUAUGCCACCAUUUGUUUCAUUACCAUGUCCUGUAAUAUGCACGUCUUUAUUUGAAAAAAUGAAUGUCAGAAACUAAAAAAUGUAAAUGCAAUAUAAGGUUUUGAUGUUGAGGUAAACACUUUUUAAACUAUGGGAAUGUUAACUCAUUAAUCUCAAAAUAAGUAAGUAAACUAUAGAAAGCUGAAAUAAUUUAACUCAAAACAAGCAAGAAACAUUUGUAUUAACCUGAUGUAGUGUUAGGUUGUACCAUGUCGUACAACCUUGUGCCUGUUUCUCAGUGAGAAUAAUGCCAGGCAGCAUCUGAUUGUAUGAUGAAAGAAGCAAAGCAUGUUUUCUCCUGUGUUAUUUUUACUUUGGCAUGCUUUGCAUGAAAGAUUUCAUUACAAUGCUGGUUUGUAAUUAAAUACCAAUUCUUUACUGUUAUUUUAUCAUUUUAAAAUUCUGGUCAUUUCAAUGACACAGAAAUAUGCUCCUUUGUAUAACUAAGUCCAUUCAAAGGAAUCUGCUUCUUUUUUCCUCUGCAUGCUGAUAUUCCAUGGAAAAAAAUGAAAUAUCAUACAUCAGAUGAUGUGACUAUUAUUGUACAGAUUGGAAAUUUUUUGUUUCAUCACAGUCUUCUCUAGUUCUGUGUCUUCAUUUUCUAACAUAAAACCUGCUGUUUAAGUCUUUUUGAUGUGAAGUUAUAUCCAAUUAAGGUGUGUGUGGACAGUUUUUUUUUUCCAUGCUGAACUUCCCAAGCCCAAAUGAACCUCACAUUCUUGUUUAAAAAGCCUGUCUAGUCAUCAUUUACAUUUGUAAUUAACACAUAAUUUCUGGAUCUUCCUUUACAUUUAAUUUGGCUAAUUGCGUUAUAUUUUUGCCUGUUCUCAUUUCAAUGAUAAUAUAUUAAAUCAGUAAAAUUAUAAUUGUAAAUUAAAUUUUAAAAUAUUUCUUUAACUCCUUAAUUGUGGCUCUACAAGAUUUUACAGUAAAAUAUAUAGAAAAUAAAAUUUCCUACUUUCACUUUUAAGAAUAAAAAUUAACAUUUUACUAGACUGGUACGUAACUCACAGUGAACCCAAUUCAUAGUACUCAAGGGCAUGACCUUCAUAGCCAAUAAUUUCUCUUAACUAUAUUAUAGUAAAGAUGAGUAGCUAGAUAAGGGCUUUGCUCUCUUGAUUUUAAUGGGUUGGAAGAAUUUUUGAUAUAGGUAUUACAUAAAAUGAACUUUUUUUUUAAUUUCAUACAUACCUUAACAUAUACCUAGAAAUAUUGGUUUCUAUUAGUCAGAUACGUUUUUCAUUCAACAGCACUACUAAUAAAAUUAUUUUUUCAAUAUAGAUCUUAUUAUGUAUAAAUCUACACAACAUGAAUUGUAUAUUUAUUUCAAUUGGAAUAUAAAUAGUAAUUUUUAUUUUCUUAUUAUUUGUUUUUAUGAGACAUGUUGUAAAUCACUAGCUUCAUUCUGUAAAUUAAGCAUUAAUGGAAAUGAAUUUUAGCAAAGCCUUGUUACUAAUAAAGCUGCAAAGCAAAGGUUUAUUUUUUAUUUGCUGCUUUAAGUUUCUAUUCUGAUAUUUUAAUUAGUAUAAACUGAAUUGUGUAUUGGUACACAUUGAUUUUAGGCUGCAUAUUUGCCUUCUGAUUUCAAGAAUUGCAUAUUAUUAAGUGCUACACAAAUUUUAUCACCAGUCAAACAGUUUAGCCCUGAUAAAGACAAAAGAAAAGGGCUUUUAAGAUGUCAUCCUUUUGGAGUGUUCUGCAGCUAGCUUUUAACUAAGAAACCUUUACAUAUUUCAUAUGGAGUACCUUUAAACUGGUUCUGACUCCAUCUUUCUAGUACUUUCCAUCAAUACCAAUAUCUUAGAGCACUUUAAAAAUACUUGUGAAAACCCUUAUCCACAGCUGUAGCAGAAUCAUGUAUAAUUUUCAGUGCCACUGAAAAUGGAAAGCCUAAAGUCUUGAUCUCAUGACAAUACAAUAGCCAGAUCUCCUAUGGCACGUCCACUUUCUUAUAGUUGCUACCUCACAUUGAUCAAACAAGGGAAGCUAACUUUUGUAUGUGAUUCAUGUGCAUAAUCAUUAAGUAAAUGUCUGUUGCUGUUCUGCAUGUAAGUAUUUUUAUCCUACAAUUUAAGAUGUUUGAAAAAAAGACACAAAUAUCACAGAAAGCAAUUAUGUUCAAAGCAAAUGAGAUGCCAAGAGCAGACUGGGUUACACAAAAUGUCCAAUUCAAAAAACGUUUUAUUUAAAUUUUUUGUUUCUUUUUCAUUUUGGUAAUGUACUCUACAAUGAUAAAAUGAUAUUUAUUCUCCCUAUUUGUGUUUGAUGGGGAAAUUUGAGUUUUCUUUUGCUGAUAAGGUCAGGAUCAGCUAAAGGCAAUUUGUACAUAAUUAAUUUACAAUCUUUCCCUUCACUAGAGCCUUUUGACUAAUUUUUGUAGGUUGUAUGCUUUAUUUUGCUAAUUUAUAUUUUAUAUUUAUUUGUUUUUAAUUUUUGACAGUAUUUUUAUUCAGUGCCUGCAUUUUUCAAAUUCAGCACAAGGUCCUUACUAGAGGUGUAUGCCUUUUUGUUUUUAUUUACAUCACCCUUAUCAAUUUUGCAUGAGUGUGAUGUAGAUAUUUUUCUUGUCAUUUAUGUUUAAAUCUACUGGGAUGCCAUGUUUUGCUUAUAUUUGUUUCACAACUUUAAUAGUGCCAUUGGAUAUUACGGAAGGGCUUCCCAUCACAAUUUUCUUAUAUCAAAAAUAUGCUUUUUCUUGCAUGAAAUAACAUUAGAUCUCAUUGAAUAUUUCUAUUUAAGGUAUUAUCUGAAGAAUACCUGCUUUAUAGAGGUAACAGAGGUCUUUAGAAAAUAUUUAACGUUAAAGCUAUUUGAUUUGGACAUUUGUGUCCAGCUGCUGUUUAUCCCAGGGAGCCUUUCUGUGUUAUGCAGAGUAGCUCAUAGUUGUCAUUUCACAAUUAUUUAUUGGAGAAAAAGAAACUUUUGAGGUUUGGAGAUUGAGGAGAAGAGAAAGAGAGAUUGCUGUCGUGAUAACUGUAAAGACUUCUGCAAUUUUUGUACAUUUAAAUCUUGCAUAGUAUAUGAAAUGCACUGCUGGGAAAAGCUCACUCUGUCAUAGUAAGCUACUGUGUCACAGCCCCAGCAGGGGCUUUUGGCUAUCUAGCACAUUUUUUAUUACAUUAGUUCAUUUUGAUUGUUUACAGAUUUAAUUUGUAUCCUACAUUUUUUGUUUACAUUGUCUUUUGUAUUAUUGUUUUUGUGUAUCCAGAGAAGAAUGUUUUGUUCUGGUAUUGCUAAGAAUUUAAAACAAGUGGGCAUCCAGAGGCCUUAACAGUGAUAUGCACGUGCUCACAUUGAAUAAAUCUGGUUGUCAUUUCUUGUGUUAACUAAGGAAAAUUUACAACAUAUACAAAAACUAGAUCAUAAGAAAAUGCACUAAUAAUAAAACAACGUCCUCAUUUGUCUCUGAAAGAACAUUCAAUACACAUUUCUUCUGUUAUUAGAUAAAAAGAUCAAUAUUUUAAAAACUGUCAAGUUGGAGCAGUAAAUUACACACAUGCAGUGAUUAAACAAAAAAAAAACUGGCUUGACACUGCUGUGUUUAAGAUGACAGUGGUGGACAUAAGAGAGAAUGUGAAAUAUUCUAAUUUAUAGUGCUCUUGCUAUCUGUGUGCAAAUAUUCUUUACUUUAUAGUUGUUGUCUGUUUGUAUACUUCAGAAAACUGAUAAAUAUUUCAAAUAUAUAUUAAAUAGAAUGUUUGAGAAAAUUCUCUAUCUGGAUCUAUUUUUCAGGCAGAAAUCUGAUGGAAAUCAUUGUUUAUGGGGUUCACUAGGACUGUCCCUAAAAGGUAGAUUUAAAAAAAAUCCAUUAACUAUAAUUGCCAUUGAGAGAAAUAAGAAUAUGAAACCAUCUGCCAUUGUGAGUAAUCAACCUUUCCAGACUACAUACAUCAUUUUAGCAAGCUUUACCUUUAAAGAGACAUUUUUCUUGCUCAAUAAAGAGAGAAAUAAAAAACAUUAGUACCUCACAGUUAUACUCGUGCAAAAUCAGCUUACAACUGCAUUUUUCAAAAACAUCCACCAGAAAGUUUUUGAUGGAUAAACAUACAGACCAUUAUAAUGAGCCUUGCUUGUUUCUGCAUGUGAUCUCUUAUAAGUUAUAAUCCUGUAUGUAAUAGUUUAAAAGGAAACUAAGAAUAAAGUACUAUUUGAAAAAAAUAUAUAUAUUUAAAAAAAAUCAGCAAAUUGUAUUAAUGGUACUGAAAUGGCACAUGUUAACUUGCCGCGCUUCUUUUUCCGCCGUGGGGUAUUGUAAAGAAGGCGCUGUGAUAGUUAUUCUUUUUGCGCUGUAUUAAUAUUUUAGUUUCUCGAAUAUUUUGUGUGCAAUAUUCUGUAUCUCUCUUUAAUCUGAAAUAAAGAUAGAACUACUGCAAACUUAUUGUAACAGGGAAACAGCCUGGUGAUCACCAAUAAAAUCAAUUUAUUGAAACUCAAA